CGACGCUUCAGAGUUGCCAUCACCACAUAGCAGAUGGAAAUUUCCACUCCGUCUCUUCGCUUGUUAAAUGGGAAGGGUCUCCAACUCUCGUCUCCACUAGUCCUCUUCUCCGCCCGCCACAGCUGUCCGCCGCACCGAAACACUAGCUGCGGUUGAGGAAGGAACACAUCGCUGCUUUGUGAAUAGUUGGAACCCUAAAAAGGAAACCGCUCUUCUCCACCUCUUGCCGCCGUUGCGUGCCAGUAUGCCGGGAGCAGUGGAUCGAAUGGAGCUGAGUAAAGUCUCCACGGAGGCCGAUGAAGACAGCACCGACAGCCUGGACGACCGCUACACAGAGCCCAUCGACCCUGAGAAGGGCACCAUUGACAGUCAGUUUAUGGACGACAACGAGGACGGAGAAAGUCAGAAGUUCCUGUCCAAUGGGCUGAUGAAGAAGAAGAAAUAUGAGGAGUACCAUGAGGAAUAUCAUCCCGGCCACACCUCCUUCGGGAUGUCCGUGUUCAACUUGAGCAACGCCAUCAUGGGCAGCGGCAUCCUGGGCCUGUCCUAUGCCAUGGCAAACACCGGCAUCUUGCUCUUUUUAAUCCUUCUCGUCGGUGUGGCAAUCCUCUCUUUGUAUUCGGUGCAUCUGCUUCUUAUGACAGCUAAAGAAGGAGGUUCCCUCAUCUAUGAGAAGCUGGGAGAGAGAGCAUUCGGUUGGCCUGGGAAAAUCGCAGCGUUCGGAUCCAUUAUCAUGCAGAAUAUUGGAGCCAUAUCCAGCUACCUCUUCAUUGUGAAGUACGAGCUGCCCCAAGUGAUCAGAGCCUUUCUGGGUUUGGAUGAAAUCACUGGUGAGUGGUACAUGAACGGGAACUACCUGGUGGUGAUCGUGUCCAUAGGAAUCAUCCUGCCUUUGUCGAUGCUCAAAAAUCUGGGCUACCUGGGCUACACCAGCGGCUUCUCCCUCGCCUGCAUGAUCUUCUUUCUGGGUGUGGUGAUUUACAAGAAGACCCAGCUGCCCUGCCCUCUUCCCUUCCUUCACCACCACUCGUCCAACCUGAGCACCAACGCCUCGCACCACCUUUCCCCACCGCUGAACAGCACGUUGCACAUGGAUUUCUCCCGCCACGACGCUCACUCCUCCACGGGCGUCCACAUGGAGCCUCACGCCGACGCCGAGGAGAUGUGCACGCCCAAAUACUUUGUCUUCAACUCCCAGACGGCGUACACGGUGCCCAUCCUGGCCUUCGCCUUUGUUUGCCACCCUGAGGUCCUGCCUAUCUACAGUGAGCUUAAGGAUCGCAGCCGGAAAAAGAUGCAGAACGUCUCCAACCUGUCCAUCCUUACUAUGCUCAUCAUGUACAUGCUGUCGGCCCUGUUUGGCUACCUCACCUUCUAUGAAAACGUGGAGGCAGAGUUGCUCCACACCUUCACCAAGGUCUAUAAGUUUGACACCUUGUUGCUGCUGGUGCGUCUGGCGGUUCUCACUGCCGUCACUCUGACUGUCCCCAUUGUGUUGUUCCCUAUCCGCUCCUCCAUCACCACGUUGCUAUUCAGCGGGCGAGAGUUCAGCUGGAUUCGCCACAUGCUGAUCGCUGCCGGCAUCCUGACCCUCAACAACCUGUUGGUCAUCUUUGUCCCCACCAUCAGGGACAUCUUCGGCUUCAUUGGUUCCUCUGCAGCCACUAUGCUCAUCUUCAUCCUUCCUGCUGCCUUUUACAUCCGGCUGGUGAAGUCGGUGCCAUUCCGCUCCCCGCAGAAGAUCGGAGCGACCAUCUUCCUUAUCGUAGGAGUCAUCUUCAUGAUCGGCAGCCUGUCACUCAUCGUCAUGGACUGGAUCCACAACCCCUCCGGCUCCAGCGAUGGUCACUAAGUCCCCUCUUCGCUCCUCAGAAUCACUUCUAACAUUGCACGCCCGUUCCCCGGCCGCCUCAAACUGGUGCAACAUCUCGGGAACAGGGCUCACCAGUGUUUCUCUUCCCUUCUUCAAAUCACAAAUGUCCAUCAUAAAUAUAUACGGACACAACGCGCUACAUCGGGUUAAGACGUCUCAAAGAAUAUGACCGGAGGGAGAACCUUUCGCUCGGUUUCAGUUUUCUUGAUAUUUUUUGAUUGCUGUUGCUAUAAAAGUUUGGGAUUGGAAAGCACAAACACGAGAAUUGAGAUCCGGAGAGGCGGGAAACCCGACUCGGUUUAAUGCGACAGCAGCGUAAAAUCAUUGUCAUCUUCAUUAAUAUUUCCAGCUACGAAGAAACGGAACAAACACACACUGUA